AUGUGCACAUUCCCAAAAAUUGGUGGAACUGGAGAGUCAUCUUCAACAGCGAUACUUGUCGUCGGGCUCGGCAGUGGGCUGUUUGGUUACGAUAACGCGUUUGCCGCGCCGCUGGUUUCCCUUCCACACUUUGUCCAAAAGUACCAAGGACACGGAGAAGCAUUCACGGCCAAUAACCUGAGCCUGAUUUUCUCUGUGCCAUUGGUGGGUUCGGCACUUGGAGGCCUGUUGGCCGGCCUGCCAUUACAAAGAAAGAUUGGUAGGAAGUAUACCUGUUUAGUCGCUUAUACUCUUUGUUGUGUCCCGGGAUCCGUCUUACAACUUUUCGCUCCCAACAUUGGAGCUCUGGUCUUUGGACGUACUUGGAACUAUUUCGGUGUGGCCAUCCUCAUGUGUGUUUGCCCAAUUUAUCUCGCCGACCUCGUCCCUCCCCAUCUCCGAGGCCGAGCCGUCGGAGUGCUAACGUGUUACAUGGCCGGUGUUGCUGUCUUGGGAACAGUCACCGUAUGGGGCUCUCAGCGAGUUCAGAGCGACUGGCAAUACAAGAUCCCUCUAACACUCCAAGCCUGUUUACCCGCCCUAUUCUUCCUGACGUCUUGUUUCCUCGUGGAAUCACCGACCUGGCUGGUUCUCCGCGGUGACGUGGAAAAUGCUAGGCGAGUUCUCCUCUCUUUACGGAAGAAUAACCACGAGCUUGUCGAGGCGGAGAUAUCUUCACUCAUCCAAGCAAUUACCUCCAAUCAGAGUCAAAGGGCCGACCUGAAGUGGUGGUACAUCCUCCGUCGUCAAAACCUCAAGCGCACCCUGACGACGAGUAUGUACAUCUGCCUGAGCCAAAUAGGGGGGCAGGUAUUGACACUUCAAUACUCGACCGUCAUCUUGGUUCAAAGCGGAGUGAGCGAUCCGUUCAGGAUCACAAUCUUGAUCUUCAUGGUCCAGUUCCUAGGAAUGGUCGUUGGUCCAUACUUGAUGGACCGACUGGGUCGACGCCCCACCUGCCUUGUAGGAUUCACGAUAUUAUUCUUCUUGGACGUCGCAGCGGGCGGUCUUGCCUGUGCUGGCCUUGAAUCACCAGCUCGUUCUCAGGCCAUAGCGGCACUCUUCAUUAUCUUUUCAUUUAUUAAUGCGGCAUCUUUUCAAUCCAUCUGCUAUCUCGUAUAUGCCGAAAUUCCACCUGCAAAGCUACGAGAACCAACAGCAGCUUAUACCUCCCUCUGGGGAAUGGUCACUGCCACCGCUACCACUUUUGCGGUCCCUCAAAUAACAAACCCUGAUGCUGGCAACCUCGGAGCCAAGGCUGCCCUGAUAUUUGCCGGGUGUCAAUUGAUCACAAUAACGCUGACAUACUUCUAUCUCCCCGAGACGAGAGGAAGGACCAUGGCGGAGAUUGAUGAGAUGUAUGCCGCAGGAAUACCAAUGAGUGCAUGGAAAUACCCUAAAAAGCCUCGGGCAAAGUCCCGAGCGGUUGAUACAUGCAUCACCCGACGCGAAUCUGCCACUACUGGAACCAAACAUUUUCAACCGCGACCGAGCGGGCUGUCUCCCAUAUCUUCUCCAGAAAGCAGUCGAGCAAUAACUACUCCGUCAGAUCCGUCCUGGACGCCAAACGAUUCAGCCCAAAUUCCGAUCAGCUCUCCGUUCAGUUCCCCGAACCAGUCGAAUCAACUUGAUGACAUCUUAUCUCAACAGCGAACUGAAGAAUACUUAACUCAUUUUGACGUCGCAUUAUGUGAGAUUCUCAGCACGUUCACAUCGAUCCAUCCCAGUCCCAUCCGCAUCUAUAUUCUUCCGCUUUCCUACCAACAUGUCGGUCUUCUUCAUGCCACCCUCAGCCUUGCCGCUUGUCACAUGGGUACCUCAGAAAUUGAUAAUAACCAGACAAUGCUGACAACCGCCAUCGAGCAUGAGGUUCAAGCCAUCCAAUCCCUGGGCGCACUACUUCUAAAAGAAGAAUACUUUGGCUUGAAUGAUGCUGAAGAAGAAUUGACCUUGGCCAUGGUUCUCAUUCUCGUCCUACACGAUAUCUGCGAGUCCGGAAAGUCAUUGCAUGGCACCCAUCUCAACGGCGUUGUCUUCCUUUUGUUCCCGAAUUGUUGCCAGACCGACUGGUCAUACUCCAUUCAAAGACUUCUUGUUGGCUGCGCUUUCAUGGGCUUCAGCGGGGCCGAGAAGUCGGCAUUAACUAAUGACGUUCGCCAAUACGUUUUUGAUGCCGAUGACUUCAGUCUCGAGACCAUUGUGGGUUGUCCGGCAGGACUUUUUCAACGCAUCGGCGCGGCCCUGGAAGCCGGAAAGUCAUACCUCGUGAAAAAGUUAAGCGUGAACAAUUUUCAAGACUCUUAA